CGGUCGGUCACGUGACGCGACGGCUGGGGGCUCCCGGCGCGGGGGACGCUGGUGGCCAAGAUGGCGGCGGAGCUGGUGGAGGCCAAAAACAUGGUGAUGAGCUUCCGAGUGUCCGACCUGCAGAUGCUCCUGGGCUUCGUGGGCCGGAGCAAGAGCGGCCUGAAGCACGAGCUGGUGACGCGGGCCCUGCAGCUGGUGCAGUUCGACUGCAGCCCCGAGCUCUUCAAGAAGAUCCGCGAGCUCUACGAGACGCGCUACGCCAAGAAGGGCGCAGAGCCCCUGCCGCAGCCGCACCGGCCGCUGGAGCCGCUGGCCGCGCACGCGCCCUACGAGCGCCCCGGCGCCGGGCCGCGCACCCCGCUCUCGGGCCCGCACAUUGACUACCCCGUGCUGUACGGGAAGUACUUGAACGGACUGGGACGCUUGCCCCCCAAGACCCUCAAGCCGGAAGUGCGCCUGGUCAAGCUGCCCUUCUUCAACACGCUGGACGAGCUGCUGAAGCCCACCGAGCUGGUCCCGCAGAACAGCGAGAAGCUGCAGGAGAGCCCGUGCAUCUUUGCCCUGACGCCCAGACAGGUGGAGCUGAUCCGGAACUCCAGAGAGCUGCAGCCCGGAGUGAAAGCCGUGCAGGUCGUGCUGAGAAUCUGCUACUCGGACACCAGCUGCCCGCAGGAGGACCAGUACCCGCCCAACAUCGCGGUGAAGGUCAACCACAGCUACUGCUCCGUGCCCGGCUACUACCCCUCCAACAAGCCCGGCGUUGAGCCCAAGAGGCCCUGCCGCCCCAUCAACCUCACGCACCUCAUGUACCUGUCCUCGGCUACCAACCGCAUCACCGUCACCUGGGGCAACUAUGGCAAGAGCUACUCCGUGGCGCUGUACCUGGUGCGGCAGCUGAGCUCGGCGGAGCUGCUGCAGCGGCUGAAGACCAUCGGGGUGAAGCACCCGGAGCUGUGCAAGGCGCUGGUCAAAGAGAAGCUCCGGCUGGACCCUGACAGUGAGAUCGCAACCACCGGCGUGCGCGUCUCCCUCAUCUGCCCUCUGGUGAAGAUGCGGCUGACUGUGCCCUGCCGCGCUGAGACGUGCGCCCACCUGCAGUGCUUCGACGCCGUCUUCUACCUGCAGAUGAACGAGAAGAAGCCCACCUGGACCUGCCCCGUGUGCGACAAGCCCGCGCCCUACGACCAGCUCAUCAUCGACGGGCUCCUCUCGAAGAUCCUGAGCGAGUGCGAGGGCGCGGACGAGAUCGAGUACCUGGUGGACGGCUCGUGGUGCCCGAUCCGCGCCGAGAAGGAGCGCAGCUGCAGCCCCCAGGGCCCCAUCCUGGUGCUCGGCACCUCCGAGGCCAACGGGCUCCUGCCCACCCCCAGCUCCAAUGGCGGCGGCGCGCUGGGGGGCACGGGCGGCCCGGCGGGCGCGGCCGGCGGCACGGAGAACGGGAAGCCGGGCGCCGACGUGGUGGACCUCACGCUGGACAGCUCGUCGGAGGAGGAGGAGGAGGACGACGACGACGAGGAGGAGGACGAGGACGAGGAGGGCCCCCGGCCCAAGCGCCGCUGCCCCUUCCCCAAGGGCCUGGUGCCGGCCUGCUGACCGCCGGCGCGGCGCGGCCACGCGACUUCCUGGUGCUCUCCACGCAGAGGGGCGCGGGCGGCGCGGGCGCGGGUGGCGUGCGUGCUCUCCUUUCUCCUGUUCGUUUUGCUUUUCCGCCCCUUUCCUGGCUCCUGACGCCUGUACCUCUGGACUCUUCUCUCGCGGGAUUAAAAAUGUAAAACGACAAAAAAACAAGCAAAGGUACAAAACCGAAAAAAAAAAAAACAAGGAAAAUGAAACAAAACAAAAACCAAGCUGAGAAAGCACGCGGCGGGCCGCCCUCCCCGCCAGCGUCCGGGACGCGGGGCCUGGCAGGGCCGGGGAGUCCGCC